AUGGAGAAUGCUCGCACCCUUCAUUUGGGAAAACUGAGGCCCAGCGACAGGAGCACGGGAGUGGAGAUCUUGCCUUCCAAGAUCCGCAGGGUUCCGCUCAUCCAUGGGCACAGCAGUAGCAGGUUCCUUGUGCUGGCUGCUUGCCCACAGCAGUCUGCCACCGAUGCCUCGGGGCAGCUGAGUCGCCAGGCAGGGAGGGAGCGUGCUCCCCUCCUGGGGGCGCUCCCUCCGCGCGGAUCGGGGCUGGGAGGAGGAGGAGCACUCCCCCGGGGGCUUUCCCGCGGCCGGCAGCAGGGGAGACCAAGCCUCCGGACCCCGCGGGCGAAGGAGGGGCGCGGUCGGGGCGGGGGGCCGGGCUCCAAGGCUAGCAGCGGGGUCCGGCCGGGCGGCCGCCUGCGGCUCGGCUCGGCGCUGCGCAGCGCUCCUGCCCGGCGGGCGCUGCAUUCUCCGAGUCUCCACCAGAGGCUGCGGGAGGAAGGAAGGGAUCCGUCCCUUGCACACUUCCCCCCUAGUCAGACACGCACACUCCCUCGCUCUCUCGCUCCUCCACACACGCGCGCACUCGCCGCCGCGGCUCCCCCUCUCGCUCCCGCUCUCCCUCGGCUCCUCCAGGCGGACGCCGGAGCCGGACCUGGCCGGGAUCCCGCGGAUCGCUGGCGUCCCGAGGCGCGGGGACCAGGGAGCAGCCCGACCGCUCCCCGAGGUUCCCAAUGGAUCUGGAUGACGUUUAGUCCCAGAAGAACUUCAAGAUCCUUUUGCCCCCACUGACCACAUCGUCUGGACACAGAGACCAUGGCACAAGCCCUACUCAGGAGCAGCAUCUGUGCUACCUGUUGACUGGACCAGGGGCCUCAGUGAAGGGGGCGCCGGCCAGGACCAGGU